CUGAAGAGUGCAGAACGAUUGGAGACUUUCACUGCAGGGACCUAGGGAGGAGAUGUGCUGUUUUUAGGGAUGGUAAUGUAAUUAAGUUGCGCGCAAUGGUACAUAGACACAAAUAUGCUCUCUCCAUUUGAGUUUUCAGCUUAGUAAGUAGCUCAUACUCGUGAAACUACUAACACUUUUAAGUUUCGCGGAAAGGAAAAAAACUAUGGCAGCUCCACACAACGGAUCCAACAUAACGGGGAACUACACUAACCAGUUCGUGCAGCCGCCAUGGCGCAUCGCUCUCUGGUCCGUAGCCUACAGCUCGGUGCUGGCGGUGGCGGUGUUUGGAAACCUCAUCGUGAUAUGGAUAAUCCUUGCCCACAAGCGUAUGAGGACUGUGACCAACUAUUUUCUCCUGAACUUGGCGUUUUCAGACGCGUCAAUGGCCGCAUUUAACACUUUGAUCAACUUUAUCUACGCUGCCCACGGGGAGUGGUACUUCGGGGAAGGCUACUGCAAAUUCCACAACUUCUUCCCGGUCACAUCCGUGUUUGCAAGCAUCUACUCCAUGACUGCGAUAGCUGUGGACAGGUACAUGGCCAUCAUCUAUCCUCUGAAGCCUCGUCUGUCAGGGAAGGCCACCACAGGAGUUAUCAUCUGUAUCUGGAGUCUGGCCAUUGUGCUUGCUUUCCCUCUCUGCUACUUCUCCACCACCCAAACUCUGCCCCGCAGGACCCUCUGCUACGUUGCCUGGCCCCGCAUGGCUCAAGACCCCUUAAUGUAUCAUAUCAUAGUGGCGGCCCUGGUCUAUGUGCUGCCCCUAGUGGUGAUGGGCAUCACUUACACCGUCGUAGGGUUGACUUUGUGGGGAGGGGAGAUCCCAGGAGACUCAUCUGAUAACUACCACGGACAGCUUAGGGCUAAAAGGAAGGUGGUGAAGAUGAUGAUCAUUGUUGUUGUGACUUUUGCCCUCUGCUGGCUGCCCUAUCACUUCUACUUCAUUGUGAUGGGUCUUAACAAGCGUCUGAGCAGGUGGAAGUACAUCCAGCAGGUUUACCUUUCCGUGCUGUGGCUGGCAAUGAGCUCCACCAUGUACAACCCCAUCAUCUACUGCUGCCUCAACAGCAGGUUUCGCGCUGGCUUCAAGCAUGCAUUUCGUUGGUGCCCUUUCAUCAAGGUAUCCAGCUACGAUGAGUUGGAACUUCGCUCAACGCGGAUGCACCCGACCCGCCAGAGCAGCAUGUACACGCUGUCCAGAAUGGAUACCACUGUGGUGGUGGUUUACGACCCUGCCGAGGGCAAUGGCGGCGGCUCUGGGAGGAAGCAAUCCCUGUCUUCCAAGAAGCGAAGCUACAUCACAGCACGCCACACGGAGAUCACUGCAAGCAACGGGGGCAGUGUGCCAACGCAAAAUGGAGGGGCUCCAAGCGCUCAACCUGAAGAGUUCUCUUGAAGUGUAUUCCCACAAACACACAAACGCAUGUAAGAAAUGUACACACAUCAUGCUCCACACAUUUUACAUUCAGACGGUGUAGAGAUUUUUGCUUAAUUCGCAUUGCUUGAUUAGACUUAGAAGCAUUGUAUCAAAGCGGCUCCUUUAACCGCAUGGAUAAAGAGAGUAUUUAAUACUGCACCUCGAUGGAUAAUAUUGAUGUUUAAGCUUCUCUUGAGCAUAGAUGGAUCGUUGAGCGGGUCAGCUUUAAAUGAAUGUUAUAAGCAGUUUUUAUUUAACAGUUACACAGCUCAAUCAAGUCCCCAUAAAGUGUUUUGCUACUUAUUCUGCAGUAAUUGGUGUCAGCCGAUAUCAAGGGUGAACCUGAAAUAUGUUGUAUUAUAUGCUAUUAGAUUUGUUCCUACAUAAUGCCAAACAGACUUUGUCUAUAAUCCUGUUCUAUUGCCUAAGCCAACUGGGUUGUGUUUUGAUUUGUUUUGUUUGUCAGCAGGACUACUAGUUAAAAUGGAGCAGAUUUCCAUACAAAAGCAGAUAACAAGUAUAAUCUAAUGUUUAUAUCCUGUUUGGAGAGGAGGGUUGAUGUGGAAAUGGGGCCUGUUUCACCAAAUCUCACAAAGGAUUAGGCGCAUUCACACCGCAGUACUUUUCCCACAAAGGUUCAUGAGAACUUAGUUCAUGAGAACUCUUUAGUACAGAUCGCGUUCACACCGAGUAAAUCGCCAGAACGCCGACACCUCCU